AUGCUUCGCUGGAUUUGCUGGAAAUCAACCGUCCCCGUCUUUAUAGAACAAAGAUAUUCUCUUCUUUUUCUCGUCUCUUCGUCUUCAUCGGGAGUAGGGGUUUCGAUUCGCCUGAGCCUGCGGAUUUUGAUUUCUUCCCCUUCAAUGUCUUACGCUUAUCUCUUCAAGUAUAUCAUCAUCGGCGAUACUGGAGUAGGGAAAUCAUGCCUUCUGCUUCAGUUCACCGACAAGAGGUUUCAGCCGGUGCAUGACCUCACCAUUGGUGUUGAGUUUGGGGCUAGGAUGAUCACCAUUGACAACAAACCCAUCAAACUCCAGAUCUGGGAUACGGCUGGUCAAGAAUCCUUUAGGUCGAUCACAAGGUCCUACUAUAGAGGUGCGGCAGGGGCAUUGCUUGUCUAUGAUAUCACAAGGAGGGAGACAUUUAACCAUCUAGCGAGCUGGCUAGAAGAUGCAAGGCAGCAUGCAAAUGCAAAUAUGACGAUAAUGCUCAUUGGGAAUAAGUGUGAUCUUGCCCACAGAAGGGCAGUGAGCACAGAGGAGGGAGAGCAGUUUGCAAAAGAGCACGGUCUUAUAUUCAUGGAGGCCUCUGCCAAGACUGCUCAAAAUGUCGAGGAGGCGUUCAUCAAGACAGCCGCAACAAUAUACAAGAAGAUUCAAGAUGGUGUUUUUGAUGUGUCAAAUGAGUCAUAUGGAAUAAAAGUUGGAUAUGGAGGGAUUCCGGGGCCAUCAGGUGGAAGAGACGGAUCCACAUCGCAGGGAGGAGGAUGCUGCGGCUGA